AUGCCCAAACCUAAAGACGAAGAUCGAGUGUUGUUGAAAACAUUAGUGGAUGAGUUGGAUCGGGCAAGCUCGGAAGAGGACAAAAAAGCAUGUUCAUCAACUUUAUCCAAAUAUUUAAAUGCGGCUCCAAAGUUUAUAAAGAGUGGUGUUACUCAAAUUGGAUCCGUGUAUAAACCUCAAUUUGUAUAUGAGGAUGUUUCUUUGGCGAAGGAAGAGGAGAAGAAAAACAAGCAAGAGACUGAUGAAUUGUUAUCGGAUAAGAAGAGAAAAGCAAAUAUUGACGAAUUUUUAGACGAAUUGUCAAAUCAAACAACACCAAAAAAGACAAAAAGAAAUAGCGAUACAACAGGUUAUUUGAAAAUUACUAAUUUGAGUAUUGGAAUUUCAGAACCAAAUUUAAAGAAAGAAUUUUCAAAGUUUGGACGAAUUAAUAAUUGUUAUAUUGAACCAUCCAGUGGUGCCGAUUCUGUCACUUGUUUUUUAGAAUUUAGAAAGACCUACGAUGCUGAAUGCGCCAUGCAUGCUCUUCAGAAAAAGAAAAUUUGUGGCCAGUCUCAGAAUAUUCAAAUUCAAUGGUGCUCAAACGAAGAAAUUGAUGAUCUUCAAAAAAGAUUUCAAAAGCAUUUCGACGAAAAUACCAAGUCUGAUUUUGUAAAAAUGGUGUCUGAUUUGGAUACUAGACGCAAUACCAUAAUGAACGUGAUGGGAUUUUGUUUGGACUAUCAAAACAAUGCAGAGGAUAUCACUGAACUAUUUAUGAAGAAUAUCUUCUCAACAGUGGCCAAAAAACCUCUUCUUUCUCCAAAAAGCUAG